AUGAAUCGGCAAAGUUUUCCAUGCGUCACAAGUCCGGGUAUCACCUCCACAACAGUGACGUCAAGUCACAUGCCCCAUCGGACAGCUAUAAAGGCGCCGGACGAGCUGUGCUUCACCAGUGGGCAAGGCGGCAGCAAUCCCGGCAACAUGCUGAACAAUCCCUUUUGCUUCAUGCUACAGGUUACGCUGCUUACUCUCGGAAACCAAGCUUCGACUAGCACCUGUGCUGCUUCGACAACGUUGGUGGGCGUGGACCAAGACGCUGGUGUGCAUUCAUCGACACGUGGUGAAUGCGGCAUCAUGAAUCGGCAAAGUUUUCCAUGCGUCACAAGUCCGGGUAUCACCUCCACAACAGUGACGUCAAGUCACAUGCCCCAUCGGACAGCUAUAAAGGCGCCGGACGAGCUGUGCUUCACCAGUGGGCAAGGCGGCAGCAAUCCCGGCAACAUGCUGGACAAUCCCUUUUGCUUCAUGCUACAGGUUAGUAGAUAUAUGCCAACUCGUGGUUAUCGAUCGGAUAACCGGUUUUUGCUGCUGCUGCCCUGCCCACUGCGUGUUAAUUAUUUUUUGUCUAGUAUAAUUAGCUCAUUAAUUAGAGAUAUUCUGGUUUGCGGAGACGUAGAAGAAAAUCCAGGUCCAACAGAAAAAGAUCUCUUGCUAGAACUGUUAAAUGGGCAAAGUAAAAUUCUUUCUACUAUACAUGAUAUGCAAGCAACACAGAAUGAAAUGCAAAGGAACCUAUCAAAAUUAACAGAAAGAACUGAUGACAUCGAGCGACGAUUGGGUGGUUUAAGUGCACUGAACUCUAGCGUAGAAAGCAUCAAAACAACAAUAACGAACCUCGAGGAAGAACUUGCUAACAUUAGUGAACAUGUUGAUGAUCUAGAAAACAGAAGUAGGAGAAAUAACUUAAUAAUUUAUGGCUUACAUGAACCUAGAGUUGAAUCUUCAGAAGACUUAGAACGAAAUGUAAAAGAUGAAGUCUUUAGUAAAAAACUAGGCAUUAACGUAACAGGCAUAGAAAGGUGUCAUAGACUCGGAAGAAAAGACGAAAAUAAAACCCGUCCAGUGAUUCUAAAAUUUCUUGACUACCGAGAGAAGAAUGCCCUGCUUAGAGCAUCGCAUAAACUAAAGGGCAGUGAACUGUCGCUAUCUGAAGACUUUUCUAAGCGAGUACGUGACACACGGAGGCUUUUAUGGGAGAGUUCUAAGGAAGAAAGGCAGAAAAACAUGAAAGUAAAGCUGCAUUACGAUAAGUUGAGCAUCAACGGGACUUUGUUUGGUUGGGAUGCUGAAAAAAAAUGCCGUUACAAGUUGAAGAAAUCAAGUUCUCAAAAUUGACAGACUAAGCGCGGGCGUGGCUCUUUAGGAAUACUUAACGUAAAUUGUAGGAGCAUUAUAAACAAGCGUUCAGAGUUAGAGGGAAUUCUUUUGUCGUAUAACCCAGAUAUCGUUGUAUUGACAGAGACAUGGUUAAAUGAAGAAAUAUAUGAUAGCGAGUUCGUUCCACUUGGGUAUUGCGCAUUCAGAAAAGACAGAGGUAGCAGGGGCGGAGGUGUAGCCAUCCUUUUCAAGGAUAACAUUAAGCUCUUAAAGAUGCCUGAUUUAUCAGAUGUUGAAUGCAUAUUUUGCAAGGCCUACCAUGAAAAUAUUCGAUAUGUCAUAGCUGCUCUGUACCGACCUCCUAAUUCUGGUGUUGAAGUUUUGGAUUCUUUGAAGCUAUACAUGAGCGAGCAUGUGAAACCCGCUGACCGAAUUAUUCUCUCGGGAGAUUUUAACUUGCCAAGCAUUGAUUGGGAAACGAUGUCGGUCAAAAGUGAUAACGAUAACUUAGGGGAGGCCAUGCUGGACAUUGUCUUUUCUUUUAAUUUAUUACAGUUAGUGGAUACCUGUACUAGAAUACAGGGUAAUUCUGAAACAAUCCUGGACCUCUUUUUUGUAAGUGGGACCAUAAGUAGUCGCACUAAGUGCGAUGUAUUUCCCGGUAUAUCGGAUCACGAGGCUGUGUUACUAACCAUAGAUAAUAUGAAUUGGAAAGACAGCUUCAGCGCUGUCCGAUUCCGCAAUUUCUCCCGAGCUGAUGAUGUUUCGAUUAUAGAUACGCUUUCGUUUUGCUUAGAUUCAUUUUCAGAGAAUAUUGUAGAUGUGCAGGAACUAUGGGAACGCUUUAAGAGUAUUGUUAAUAAAUGCAUUGAAAAAUAUGUACCAACUAUUGUUAAGAAAAGAAAAAAGAAUCCCUGGAUUUCUCGGGAGACGCUGAGAUUGAAAAGGCAGCUCAAGAGGUUAAAAGAUAAAAUGAAAAAAUCAAGCAGUGCUUCACCAGAUCAACGGCAGAAAUUUCUCUCUCUUUCAUCUAAACUUCGGAUCCAAUUAUCUACUGAGAAACAACGUUACUAUGAAGAAUCAUUGCCUAAAUUCAUCACAGCGUCUCCAGAUAGAUUUUGGCGAGAGGUGUCACCGAAACAUUACCAAUGCGAUGUUUUUGAAGUUGAUGGCAUUCACUUGAAUGAUGAAGAAAAAAUUGCUAACUUAUUUAAUGAGCAUUUCCACUCAGUUUUUACUAGUGAUGAUGGUGUCUUACCUAUGUUUGAGAAUUGUUUGCCCCCUAUUUCUGAUGUAUCAAUAAGCGAACAGGGUAUAUUCCACAUGCUUUUAAAACUUGAUGAAAAGAAAAGUUCAGGCCCAGACGAUAUACCCAACACUUUCCUAAAAAGGUAUGCCGAAUGGGUUUCGAAAUACUUGUACAUUGUGUUUUUACGUUCCUUGGAAGAAGGUCAGCUCCCGAAUGACUGGAGAACAGCCCGAGUAACACCACUUCAUAAACAAGGUGCCAAACAGUCUAUAAAGAAUUACCGCCCCGUAUCUUUAACCUCUAACACUUGCAAAUUAUUAGAGCACAUAAUACAUAAACAUAUCGUGGAUUUUUUAGAUACACAUAACAUCUUAACAAAAUGCCAGCAUGGAUUUCGGAAAGGGUACUCAACUUGUACACAGCUAGUUGCUACUAUCCAUGAUUUUGCCGUAUCUGUAAAUAACGUAAAACAAAUUGAUGCAAUUUUUAUGGACUUCUCCAAA